AUGGAGCACGCGUUCCUCACCCGUAUCAACAGCCACGUCGAGGACACUGCAGCCUACCCGCCCACUGUGGUAGGCUUCCGAUCCCACCUCUCCACACAAGACAUCAUGCUUCAGCUCUACCAUCAGAUCAUCAACGACCCAACUAGUGGCACCCGAGCCAUCCUCGGCCUGGCCCUGGAAAAGACGUUCGACAAUGUAGCACAUGCAGCAAUCUUGCGCCGAAUUAACAAGCUCAACCUGGGCGAGCGAAGCUACAACUACAUCAGAGACUUGCUGUCACGUCGCACAGUCACCCUCACAGUUGACACCAUGACAUCCGAUGAACAUACCCUAGGAAGCACUCCUCAAAGGUCGGUAAUAUCUCCGCUCCUUUUCAAUCUCGUGAUGAUGGGUCUCCCGGUCCGCCUUGGCGAGAUUGAUGGCCUCCAUCACGCCUUGUAUGCAGACGACAUCACCCUGUGGGUCGACAAAGGAAGUGACGGGCAGAUAGAAUGUACCUUACAAGCAGCAGUCUCUGCAGUAGAGGCCUACCUCCGAGACACGGGCCUCCGAAUAUCGCCACUCAAAUCGGAGCUGCUAAUCUACCACCCGCGUCGCUGGUCCAGGCCUACCGGUGAACCGCGCCAAUGUGAAUUAAUACAGUUGUAUACGCAGGACGGCUCCUGCAUUCCCCAAGUUCCGAAGAUGCGGAUCCUCGGCAUGCAUAUAGCAGCCAAUGUGUCUAACGGCGAAACUAUGCGCAAGAUUGAAGGCAAGGUUACAGCGGCUACCCGCCUUAUCAAACGAAUUACAAACAAGCACACGGGGAUGAAGGAGGACACCGUCAUGCGACUAAUACACUAA